GCUGAGGCGGCCGCGCUGAGCUCAGGCUCCUGCGCGGGCGGGAGGGCGAAGGGGCCUUCGCGGGAGGACCCGGCGGCGCCAGCAACAUGGCAGCGUCCAGCCGGGCCCAGGUGCUGCGGCUGUACCGGGCCCUGCUGCGGGAGAGCCAGCGCUUCACCGCCUACGGCUACAGAACAUAUGCCAUCAGAAAGAUAAGAGAUGCCUUCAGAGAAAACAAACAUUUAAAGGAUUCAGAAGAAAUACAAACACUGGUGAAUAAAGCAAGAACAAACCUAGAGAUUAUUCAUCGGCAGGGUGACCAACAAUACACCAUAAACUUCUGGAGGAGCACUACGUGAGGGUUUCCCUGAUUAGUGCUAACUUAUCUUCCCGGUAUAGCCAUGCUCCGAGUGAACAGAUGGACGGUGAUGACUCCUCUCUUUAAUAUCGUUUGAAUUGUUUGACCUUCCUUUCUUAUGUAUAUGAAUAUGAACUGUAAGAAGAAUGUUUAUGAGCUAUGACAAUUCUAUUUAAUGGGCUGUGCUUAUAAUACUAAGUACCAAACGCUUAAAAUAUAUUUCACAUUCACAGCAUAUUAUAAACCUCUUUUAAUCCUUGCAGUAUUCUUUGGGGUUGGUAAGCAUUAUCCCCAUUUCAUUGAGCUGAAAACUGAAGCAGUGUUGAGUGAUACAGCCAAAGUCACUGUCAGAUCCUGUCUCCCAGUCAUGUGGUUAUGCCAUACCUGUCUUAAUCUUGUAACAGUCUUGGUUUUUCCAUUGCAAUUUACUGUAAUUAGUUGACAAGUAUAUUUCAUGUUAGAACCUCUGUUUGUGUAUUCUCUACCGUUAGAACAAUUCUCCUGGAUUAAUAGUUUGGUUUUUGAGUUACAUUAUAUCCGAUGCAGUAGGGCAUAUCCAGAGUGCUUGACCUUCUUGAUGCAGUCAUUGCCAAUAUGUCCCCUCAGCAGUGUUAUGGAUGCAAGCAACGACUUGGUGGUAGUAGAGGUUGCGGCUGAUGAAUGUACUAGAACAGCACUAGUAUUAUUAUGAAUCAGUAAUAAUAUAUCUGCAGCAUAAAAAAUAAAGCAUAGAAUAUUUUGAAUAUUUUUGUUCUUUC